GAAGGAAGAGCAGAGAGAGCAAAGCUCCCGCCGUUCAUCUCCUCGUCUCGCCCCGCUCCAAGCGCGCCGCCAUGGCCACCACCUCCUUGUCCCUGCAUGGCGUCCCAUCCCCCACCGCCACCAAGCUCUCCUCCUCCUUUCUCGGCGCCCCCGCCUCCUUCCUCCGGCCGACGCCGCCGCCGCUCGCUGCCCCCUCGCGGAGGGCGCUCGCCGUCAGGGCCAUGGCGCCACCCAAGCCCGGGGGCAAGCCCAAGAAAGUGGUGGGCCUCAUAAAGCUGGCGCUGGAGGCCGGGAAGGCCACGCCGGCGCCGCCGGUCGGCCCCGCGCUUGGUGCCAAGGGUGUGAACAUCAUGUCCUUCUGCAAGGAGUACAAUGCCAAGACGGCCGAGAAGGCCGGCUACAUCAUCCCUGUCGAGAUCACCGUGUUCGAUGAUAAAAGUUUCACCUUUAUCUUGAAGACCCCUCCUGCCUCAGUCCUUCUCCUCAAGGCAGCAGGUAUCGAGAAAGGUUCAAAAGAACCGCAGCGAGAGAAGGUUGGAAAAGUAACAGCAGAUCAAGUACGUACAAUAGCUCAAGAGAAGUUGCCAGAUUUGAACUGCAAGAGCAUUGACUCGGCCAUGAGAAUUAUAGCGGGCACUGCUGCUAAUAUGGGAAUCGAGGUUGACCCUCCAAUACUUGAGAAGAAGGAAAAGGUGCUCUUGUAGUCUGUUUCUCUGGCACCCAUGAAUCACCUUACUGAUGGCCACCUGUAGAUUUUACUUCCUUUUUGUUCGUCAAUAUGUUGUUCCUAGUGCUUGAAUCUUUUUCCCUCCGUGGUCAGUUUGAGAGCAAACAGACCAUCUACUUUUCACAAGCUGUAAUCAUUUACAUCCAAACUGUAGAUGGUUUUCAUGCUGCACCUAUUUGGUGGAGUUUCCACAUUUUUUCUUGUGAAGUCCCUAUGAUACACCACAUGUGCACAUAGCUCAGCUUGUCAAACCUGAGUAAGAUCUUACUGUUCCUGUUGCCCAAUUGCA